AUGUGUUUGGAGGGCUAUAAGGAGGGGUUUUUAGGUAGUUGCAGACCAUUUAUUGGGGUAGAUGGUUGUCACUUGAAGACAAGUUAUGGAGGUCAGUUGUUAGUUGCAGUAGGAAGAGACCCGAAUGACCAGUAUUUCCCACUAGCUUUUGCUGUGGUAGAAAUAGAAUGCAAAGACACAUGGAUGUGGUUUUUGACACAGCUGCUUGAUGAUAUUGGAGGCAUAGAUUGUCAAAGGUGGAUCUUUAUUGUGGAUCAGCAAAAGGGAUUAAUGUUAGUUGUUGAUGAUAUCUUGAAUGGAGUGGAACACAAGUUGUGUUUACGCCAUUUAUACAACAAUUACAAGAAAAAAUUUGGGGGAGGCCUGCUAAUUAGAGACCUCAUGAUGGGGGCUGCGAAGGCAACAUACUAUAAGGAAUGGGAGAAAAAAAUGGGUGAGUUAAAAAAUCUGAAUGUUGAUGCCUUUAAUUGGUUAAUGGGUAUACCAACUAAAAGUUGGUGUAAGCAUGCUUUUAGUGCUUAUCUUAGGUGUGAUGUGUUGAUCAAUAACUUGUCAGAAUCAUUUAAUAGUACUAUUUUAUUGGCAAGGGACAAACCUAUAAUUUCAAUGAUGGAAUGGAUUAGAUCAUACAUAAUGAGUAGAACUUGUUAUGCACCAAUUAUAAGUCCUAUCAAUGGACAACAACUUUGGCCUACAUCUGACUCUCCACAACUACUACCUCCCAUUUACAAAACACCUCCUGGGAGGCCAAAAAAAUUAAGAAGACGAGAAGCUGAUGAAUAUGUCAGCCAUGGAAAAUUGUCAAAGACCAAUAUUGCUAUAAGAUGUAGCAGUUGCAAUGCAUAUGAACACAAUGUAAGGACAUGUAAAAAGAGCCAGAAAAGCAAGGACAAAAGGGGUGCUUCUACAUCAACACCUGGAUCUGCAUCAAGAAGGGCUGCAUCUACAGGAAGGGGGGCUGCAUCAAUUGCAGGAAGGGGGGCAUCUGCAUCUGCAUCACAAGCUGGAAGGAGAUCAGCCAGAGAUGCAGGGGCUGGGGCUGCAUCAACAUCAGAAGUUGAAGGAUCUGCAACUAUGCGUGAAGGGGGAACAAGAGCAUCCUCAAGAGUGGCUGGACAAAUUCUAGGGUCUCAAGCAAGUUGUAAUUGA